AUGGAUUCGACGUCGACGUCUGUGGACCCAGGGCUGGCAGCCCAGAACAUCGCAUGGCUCGCUCUCCUUAUUAUCAUCCUGGUCCUCUCCUUGGCGACCAUCAUCGUUGGGCUCCGCUUCUACACGAGGAUAGUGCUGCUCAAGCAGCUGGGGCUCGAUGAUUAUUUCGUUCUUUUGACACUGGGCUUUGCUAUAGCCACCGGGGGCGCCGUGCUCUCAACCAUUCCUUAUGGCCUUGGAAGGCAUACAGCGACACUCGAUCCUUCAGUAAUCCCUUUGUAUCUUCGGUCAUUCUGGGUCUCGAUUGUCCUAUAUAAUGCUACCUUGAUGAUGAUCAAGCUUACUUUCCUGAUCCAAUACUAUCGUGUGCUCGGAGUAUACAAGAUGAAGAGAGUGAUCUGGAUGCUCGGAGUAGUCAUCAUGAUGUGGGCUUUCUCUCAGCUACUCGUCGUCAUCUUCACCUGCACUCCGGUUCAAAAGUUUUGGCAGACAGAAUUGGACGGAAAAUGCUUGUCCAACUUACCAUUCUGGUACAUCAAUGCGGCCGGAAACAUCGUAACAGAUCUUGCUAUCCUUGGUAUGCCACUGCCUGUACUGGCAAAACUGAAGCUUCGCCGUCAGCAGAAGUACAUUCUCCUCGGCAUCUUUUGCUUGGGCUUCUUCACCUGUGCCAUCUCGCUCAUUCGCCUUAAUUAUCUCAAACAAGGCCCCGAUUUCACGUGGGACAAUGUCCCGACAUCCGGCUGGUCCGUCACUGAGCUGGCCUCCGGCAUCAUCUGCGCAUGUCUUCCGACUCUUCGACCAUUGAUGUCCAAGAUAAAGCCGCAAUGGAUGGCAAGCUACGCGAUACGGUCACGAAGAACAAGGCAGACUGGAUACGGAGACAACAACAAUUACGGGGUCAAUUCCGUCAAAGUAAAGGCCAUGAGCAGCACCGCAAACUCCAGAAGUACUCGUGAGAGCAAAGACCCUAGCUUGUUCGUAAGCACGAAGGAACUUGGCUCGACGAACUACAGAAGACUUGGUGACAACGACAUUGAGAUGGCUAUGCCGGCACCACCAAGCCCCUCAUUCCAAGUGGACAGAAGCAGACUGGACGACACAGGGUCUUCAACAGACGGCGGAAGCACAUUCGGCGCAGUAUACACUGGCGCCCCUCGAGAGGAGAAUCAAGACAUUCCGAUGCAAAGUUUAAAUUCCCGAUCGAAACCCCCACCUUCGUCUCAAAGCACGGAUAAUACCGAGGCGAGGAGAGAGUUCAGCAAUCGCGGCAAAGAGAACGACAAGGCUAUGGAGAUAUUGGGGAUGGAUCAUGAUACGGGUGUCACCACACACAUAAUGGCCGACAACAAGGGGCAAUCUUCGAUUUUCCCGCAGCACUUGCGCUCCGUCAGCAAGCCGAAGUCAGGAGCGAGUGUAUCAGGUAUCGAGGUGAAAAUGGACGUAACGGUCUCGAGCACGCCGUCGCCGGUUACCAGGCCGAAAGACGCGUCAGUAAGGAGAUCCGACUUGUAA